AUGGCGUCGGUUACAAGAGGCACCGAAAACACCCAAAUCAGUUGCGCAAUCAAGGCAAGUAAUGAACUUGUAAAGAAUUUGCAUCGCGAUGGUUUGGAUUGUGGGUGCAUUGCGACAUUUAAUAGUAGAAUGGUUGUGAGACAGAAUUUUACUAGAGAUGAAGCAACAUUUUAUCGUUCUCUUAACAGUUUAAAGAACUAUGUUAGUGGCUCCACUCGUCUUUAUGAUAGUAUUGUUGAUAUCUUAAAAACCUUUCAUAGUAGUGGUGACCGAACUCGUCCUUGGAUUUUGGUGCGGUGUAUUUUGGAUAACAGCAAAUCAGAUAGUAUUAUAGUACCUUUUUCAGACAUUGUACUUCAUAAUAAUACAUCUCGAACAAAUAAAUACAAUUAUCCAUUGUCACUGUUUGUAAUUGUUAAUAACGAUGGAAAAUCGCAUGCUACAGGUGUUGAACUAAAAGUCAUAUUAACAGACAUGGAUCUAGCUAUAGAGCUCAAGGCUAAACUCGGAACCACAACUUUUAAGCAAUUUGUUUGUGACUUUUGGAAAAUGCAUAACUCAUUAUGUAUAGAUGUCUUUAAACAAAGGUUUGAGGCUUUGCUAGAAACUUAUUCUAAUGUUAAUGAAUACUUGCAAGAUCUUAUUUACUUAAUAUGA